UGUCCGACACGCUCGGCCACAAGCCGACUGAUUCUGCGCCUGCGGCCUGCAGCCCCCGAGUGCACCUGAGGACCCAACCGCAGAACAGGCAGCAUGGAUGUGAGCACCUCAUCUCAGAUCUCCACACCGCACGCUGACGCUCUGUGUGGCGGUUGCCCGUCCUCUGGCUCCUCCCCUCAGGCUAACGGCCUCUGGCCCAGCACGCCGCAGUCUGGAGCCGCCUCGCCCGCGUGGCCGGGGCAGCCCGCCCAGCCCACGCCGUGCUGGACCGGCCAGCCGAACACGCCGUGCUGGACUGGGACGCAACCGGUCACGACCUCCGUCGGGGCGCCGAGUUCGUUUCCGGGCCCCGCACCUGUCACGACCGCGGCCCCGGCUCAAGUGGCAGCUCCGGCUCCGGUGCAGCCCUGCUGGCAAGGAACCCAGUGCCAGCCUCCCCAGUACCAACCACCCCAGUACCAGCCUCCCCAAUACCAGCCUGCCCAGUACCAGCCUCCCCAAUACCAGCCUGCCCAGUACCAGCCUCCCCAAUACCAGCCUCCUCAGCCCCAGCCAGCCCUUUACCAGCCUGCUCAGUACCAACCAUUACAGCCCCAGCCCGCCCAGUACCAACCAACACAGCCCCAGCCUGCCCAGUACCAACCAUUACAGCCCCAGCCGGCCCAGUACCAACCAUUACAGCCCCAGCCUGCCCAGUACCAACCAUUACAGCCCCAGCCUGCCCUGCCGCCGGCUCCGAUUCCAGUACAAGCCCCAGCUCCGACUCCAGCUCCGACUCUGACUCCACACCCGGUCCCGGGCCCGGCUCCUGGCACCAGCAGCCGCCCGAACGUGCAGCUGUGGCCCGGCCACCCCGGCUGGCCUUACAACCCGGGUCAGUCCGGGUGGCCGGGGCAGAAUCCAGCUGUCCUGCCUCCACACUGGCUUCCGCCCACAUCUGGACCUCUUAGUGUUCCGUACAACCUGAACCUCGCCCGAGGCGUCUACGACAAGAUGAUGAUGACCAUCCUGGGCCACGUCAAACCCAACGCUAAAAUGUUCACCGUGAACUUUCUGAGAGGCAACGACAUCGCCUUCCACAUCAACCCCCGCUUCAGCGAGGGGGGAAAGCAGGUGUUGGUCCGCAACCACAAACUGGGAGAGCGCUGGGGUGCCGAGGAGAGGGACCUGAAGGGGCCCUUCCCCUUCGCCCUCGGCAGCCCGUUUGAGAUGAAGAUCCUCUGCACUCAGGAGACGUUCAGGGUGGCGGUGAACAACAUCCCGCUGUUUGAGUUCAGACACCGAGUCCGAGAGCUCAACCAGGUGGACAGAAUCAACAUCCUGCACGACGUCGUCCUCACCUGCGUCAACGUGGAGACACUUGCGUAGGACACAAUGUGAUUGUGUAAGCUGCAGGAACUAAACCUAGUUUAUCAUGAUGCUAACAGACGUGUCGGUAUGUGAUGUAAAGAUAAUUAAGACACGAGCGGAGUUCAUUCUUUAAUAUGCUAAUUCCUCCAAAGCGCUAAUACCGUUUAAUACACACAAAGCUCUGCGUACGCUACGGCAAUGUUUGGACACAACAAUAUUAUAACAAUAUUUUCUAUAUUAAAUUGCUACUAACUAAAAAUACUAAACAAUGAGGGAUUUUACUUCUUCUCAAAUAAAUAAAAGGUAUCAAAUA